AUGGUGCCCCCGAGGUUUCUAAGCGCCAGGCAGUUUGGGAUGAUCUCUCAAACAUCUCAACCUCACGAUCUGGGGCCUGGUAUCUCACAGGAGAUUUUAAUGAGAUUAUCAACAACUCUGAGAAGUCAGGAGGAAAGGAUAGAGCUGAAAGUACAUUUUGCGCCUUUAGGAACUUCCUCUCAAGUUGUGACCUCUUUGAUCUUCAACACACUGGAAACUUCUUGUCGUGGAGAGGGGUUAGAGGAUCACAAGAGACCGGGACCUUUGGUGGUACACUGCAGAUUAGACAGAGCAGUGAGUAAUAGUGAUUGGUCUGAUAUGUUUCCUACAGCUAGAAGUCAUUACCUGCUCUUCGAGGGCUCAGAUCACCGACCUCUGUUAUCCGUGUUUGAUCCUACAAAGCUGAAAUCGCAAAGACUGUUCAGAUAUGAUAGAAGGCUGCGACACAACUCGGAGGUCACAAUUCUAGUAGAGAAAACCUGGAAUAGAUACAAGAACUUGAAUGUCAUGGAGAGACUCUCAAAUUGUAGAAAGGCUAUCUCUAAAUGGAGUAAGGACCAAUUCCUCAACAGCAAAAAAGCUAUUGAUAACCUGAAAAUGAGUCUGGAUUCAGAGCUAUCCAAACCGUUAGCAGAUGAUCCUCUGAUUUCCUCGCUGAAUCUAGCAUUGCUACAGGCCUAUAAGGCCGAAGAGGAGUACUGGAGGCAGCGCAGCAGGCAGAUGUGGCUCUCCUUAGGGGACCGUAAUACUGGUUAUUUCCACGCAGCUGCUCGCGGAAGGAGAGCCCGAAACAGAUUUUCCAUGAUAGAAACUGCAGAGGGAACCGCAGUGUUCGAAGAGAAACAAAUUGCUGAAGUUAUAGCUACUUAUUUCACGGAGAUAUUCUCAUCUUCUUCAAGCGAUUGCACUGACACUGUGCAUAGUGCCCUGAAGAGCAAGAUAACAGCGGAGCAGAAUGAAAUGUUGAUAGUGCCACCCACAGAUUUUGAGAUUCGAGCUGCUCUUUUCUCCAUCCAUCCUGACAAGGCUCCAGGGCCAGAUGGUUUCUCUGCGAGUUUCUUCCAGACCAACUGGGAUGUCACGGGACCUGCUAUGAUAAAGGAGAUACAAGAAUUUUUCAGAACGGGAUCAAUGCCUCACUCUAUCAACGCUACACAUAUCAGGUUGAUCCCAAAGAUUACUAGUCCUAAAGUAGUUUCGGACUACAGACCCAUUGCUUUGUGUAAUGUUUACUAUAAGGUAAUUUCAAAACUCCUAUCACUGAGGCUAAAACCGGUCCUACACUGUGCUAUUUCUGAGAACCAGUCAGCUUUCAUACCUGGCCGAGCCAUCUCUGAUAACGUGCUUAUCACGCACGAGUUCCUUCACUAUCUUAAGACGACCAAGUCCAAAAAACGUUCCUCCAUGGCUAUAAAGUCUGACAUGAGCAAGGCAUAUGAUAGAUUAGAAUGGAGUUUCAUCGAAUGUGUUCUAUCUACAUUGGGUUUUCACGAGGAUUUUACUACCUGGAUAAUGAAGUGUGUCUCCUCUGUCUCUUACUCCUUCCUGAUUAAUGAUGCUGUCCUAGGCAGAGUGAUACCACAGCGUGGAAUUAGACAGGGGGACCCCCUCUCCCCCUAUCUCUUUAUCCUGUGUAGUGAAGUUUUAUCAGGCCUCUGUUCUAAAGCACAACAAGAUGGAACUCUCCCUGGAAUCAAAAUUGCAAAAAACAGUCCCAGUGUAAAUCACUUACUGUUCGCUGAUGAUACCAUGUUUUUCAUCCCCACUGAUAGACGUAGCUGCGCGAAACUGAAACAUAUUCUAACCCUGUAUGAAUCUGCUUCGGGACAGAGGAUCAAUACCGACAAGUCCUCCAUCUCCUUUGCUAAAAAGACCACAUCCUUAGUGAGAAAUGAAGUCAAAGACAUACUAGGAAUCACAAAGGAGGGAGGUGUGGGAAAGUACCUUGGCCUCCCAGAACACUUCGGGAGGAAAAAGAGAGACCUCUUUGCAUCUAUUAUUGAUAGGAUUGUGGUGAAGGCAGUAAGCUGGUCUACUAGAUUCCUUUCCUCUGCUGGUAAAAUGGUCAUGCUUAAGGCUGUACUCACUGCUGUUCCUAGCUUUGCAAUGACUUGCUUUCUGUUACCGGUUGGCUUGUGUAAGAUGAUACAAUCGGCUCUAACACGUUUCUGGUGGGACUCAAACACCGGAAAAAAGAAGAUGUGUUGGUUAUCAUGGGAUAAGCUUACAAAACCAAAAAGUUUGGGGGGUUUGGGGUUUAAGGAUAUUCAAACCUUUAAUAUUGCUCUGCUGGCAAAGCUUCCAUGGCGCAUGCUCACUAAUCCAAACUGUCUCCUAUCUAGAGUCCUGCUCGGGAAAUACUGCCACAAAGCUCCACUGCUCAAAGUACAAUUGGUGAAAGGCGCUUCCCAUGGAUGGACUGGUAUCCUCGCUGGUAGAGACUUACUAGCCUCCCACAUUGGAAGAGCAGUGGGAGAAGGGACAGAGAUCAAGGUAUGGACGGAUGCUUGGAUAUCAACUACGUCUCGCAUUAUACCGUACGGGCCACUCAAGGAAGGUACAAAUGAUCUCUAUGUCUCUGAUCUUAUUAAUCGAGGUACCUGUGAAUGGAAUAUAGAGAUGAUCAGUAGGAUAAUGCCUGAAUUUGUGGAGGAAAUAUUGACUAUCAAACCGAGCAAAACAGAAGCAAGAGAUUCCUACAUUUGGUACCCAGCGAAGUCAGGCAUAUACUCCGCAAAGUCAGGGUAUGCUGCGGCCAUUGCUGAUAAAGAGCUCUUGGAUAGUAGCGCUCCGCUUGACUCCUUUGAUUGGCAUCGAUCGGUGUGGUCUAUUUCCUCUACGCCAAAGCUACAGAUCUUCAUUUGGAAAGCUAUUCAAGGAGCUCUUCCAACGGGUGGGAAUCUACAGAAGAGGGGGAUGUUACAGAAUACUAACUGCAUUCACUGCGGUCAGACUGAGACUACUGAACACCUAUUACUACAUUGCCCCUACGCAGCCCAGGUAUGGAGCCUAAUUCCCCUGGCUGGGAGUUUUGAUCCGGGGCUCUGCUUAACAGUUAGUGAAGCUGCUCAGACAUCAAGGACAUGGACCUGCUUUCCGCCGAGUGGGAUAAGCAGCGACAUCUUCUCUUGGGUGUGUUGGAAUCUGUGGACCGCUCGGAACAAGCUUCUGUUUGAGUCAAGACCAACCUCUGCACAAGCCACGGCCACUAAAUCCCUUGUGAAUGCUCGUGAAUGGCUACAGGCUCAGGACCCCGCCAAAUCUCCACAGAAGAAUACUCAGAUCCAAGCAAGACCGCCAUCGAUCCCUGUCGGGACAGUAACUUGUAACACCGACACCGCUUGGAAAAAGGAAUCUCUCACCGCCGGUCUGGCCUGGAUCUUCGACUCAGCUUCAAUACUCACCCGAUCAGAUGGAUGUCAAUACCAAACUUGGGUCUCAUCAGCGCUUAUGGCUGAAGGGUUGGCUAUUCGGGAGGCUCUCUCUCACGCUCAACACCUCGGCAUCACCAAAAUCUGGAUCUGUUCAGACUCUCUUUCGCUCAUCAGAGCCAUAAACUCGGUUACCAAGCCGGUGAAUCUCUACGGAAUUCUCUCGGACAUCGAGUCUCUAUCAUCGUCUUUCGUUUUUUGUUGCUUCUCCUUUGUUUCUCGUGACCUUAAUGGGCAGGCAGACAAUUUGGCUAAAGCCUGCCUCUACAAUGUGUUCUCCUCCUGGGCCUGA